AUGCAGGCACAAAAAUUCAUCGAGGCAUAUGCAGCAUUUCUGAAGCGACAAGGAAAACUCCGAGUGCCAGGUUGGGUUGAUACGGUCAAGACCUCACACUCAAACGAACUCCCUCCUCAAUCCGCCGACUGGUUCUACGUGAGAGCCGCCUCAGUUGCACGACAUGUCUACCUACGAAAGUCCGUUGGUGUUGGCCGUCUCCGAAAAGUCCACGGCAGCACCAAGAAUCGGGGUUCCAGACCCUCACACCACGUCAACGCAUCUGGCGCAGUUGAUCGCAAAGUCAUGCAGGCUCUCGAGGAACUAGGCAUCUUGGAGAAGGUUGACGAUGAAGAAGAGGGCGGAAGCGGAAAGGGCGGACGAAGAAUAACUCAGGCUGGUGCACGAGAUUUGGACCGUAUUGCGCAGACUGCUGUGGAGGGUGAGGAGGAGGAGGAGGACUAA